AUGGAGAAAAGAAAACUUUCAGCUGAUUCUGGAAAUGAAAGCAAAUCAACUGAAUCUACUAAUUCAGUUGAAACUAUUCAAACAAAUGAAAUAUUGAAUGAAACUGCGGCUACUUCAGAAUACUUUGACGAUAUUAGCGAUUGGCAGGAAAAUUUAAACAUUGAUUUUAUACAAGAUGCUGCUAUAAAAGGUCCUAACAGUUUUAAAAAAGGUUCUAAUAACUAUCCAAAAAAUGUUGAUAAUUUGAAAUUUUUGGCUGAAUUUGAUCCAGUUAUGGAAAAACAUUUGUUUAGAGCAAAAAAAAAACCAAGUUCUGUGCACUAUUUGGCAAAAGAUAUUCAGAAUGAAAUCAUUGACUUGAUUGGCAAAUCCAUCACAUUUAAAAUUUGCUCAAAUGUCCAAAAAUCCGUGUAUUUUUCAAUUAUUGUUGAUUGUAUACCAGAUAUCAGUCACCAGGAGCAAAUAUCAAUGCUGGUACGAUAUUUUGAUGUAGAGGAUAAAACGAAGUUCACAUGGUUAAUUUUGCAAUCAAAAUGUCCAUCUUUAACUGUGAAACCGUUAAGUGAUACAAGAUGGGAAAGCCACACCAAUGCUGUAAAAACACUUCGAUAUGAACUACUGCCAAAAAUUUAUGAAGCACUGCAAGAUGCGGCUAAGACCGCUAAUGAAACAAUUGCAAAAAUCACAGCUGAGUCUAUUGCUUUAAAAAUAACAAGCUUCGAUUUUUUGUGUUCAAUCGUAAUUUGGCAUAAAGUUUUCGAAAUUAAUUUGACUAGCAAACAACUUCAAGCAGCUUCAACGAAUAUUUCAGAGGCUUUAAAAGCAAUGGAAAGAACGAUUAAUUUUUUUAAGGAAAAUUACAAACAGGAAAAAUUUGACUCUGUUGUGUGUAUUGCACAAGAACUUGCUUCUUUUUUAAAGGUAGAAGAAAGUUUUGCAUCAGAAUCUGCUUCAAGAGUAAGAAAAAGAAAGAGAUUCUUUGAUGAACCUGAACAAAACUGA